UUGUUAAGUAAUUUUACUGUUAUUGGCCGAUCCUUAUGUGUUGUACAUAAUCAAACGUGUUUAGGGGUCAGGUCAGUUUUCACUACUUUUUCUGCACCGGUGUGGAACGGAAAAUCUCAUGUCUGGACCGCAGUGCUGCAGAAAAAGGAUGCAGAUGACGCGUAUCAGGAGAAGACGCCGAUCGUACUUGUGCACGGUUUUGGAGGCGGUUUAGCAAUGUGGUGCAAGAAUUUUGACGCGUUGGCUGCUAAUCGAACGACCUAUGCUAUCGACCUUUUAGGAUUUGGGCGUUCCGGUCGACCGACGUUCAGCGUCGACCCAACCAUGGCAGAACUUGAAUGGGUGCGCUCGUUGGAGCAGUGGCGGAAGGAGAUGAAACUGGAUAAGAUGAUUCUCCUAGGUCACUCGUUGGGCGGUUAUCUGUGUUCCUCGUAUGCACUUGAAUUCCCUGAGGCGGUUCGUCACGUAAUUCUGGUCGACCCUUGGGGUUUUCCAUUGAAACCCCCUGAAACCGAGCGUCACUUCAACUACAAUGUUCCGCUGUGGGUGAAGUCACUGGCGCACUUUUUGUCCUUGUUUAACCCUCUGUGGACUCUGAGGGCGGCUGGACCCUGGGGUCCGACGUUGAUUCGUCGUGUUCGGCCGGAUCUUGGUCGCAAGUUUUUCAGCGAUCCCGUUAAACAGCAAAGUCUGUUCGAUUACGUGUACCACUGCAACGCGUUGCCUCCAAGUGGGGAAGUUGCGUUCAGCACAAUAUCGGUUCCGUUCGGCUGGGCCAAGCGACCGAUGAUCAGUCGGAUAGAGAAAAUCCGUGAAGACAUCCCUCUUACGUUUAUUUAUGGAAGUCGUUCAUGGGUUGAUUGUGGCCCUGGCUACACAACAAAGUAUCAACUGCGGCCUUAUUCUUAUGUCAGGGUUGAGAUUAUUCGAGGUGCAGGCCAUCACGUUUACGCUGACCAGUCCGAGGCAUUUAAUGAUUUAAUAAAUGAAAUCUGUGAUGACGUUGACAAGGGCUUAGAUGUCGAAGAAGUGAAAGUUUAUUGAUG